AUGAAUCCAAGACUCUCCUUACCACGAACGGCGGUGAGACAAAACAACACCCCGAGACCUAAAGGAAAAAACCUGCCUCUGCCAUGGUUGAAUCGGCCAGAACUGAAGCUGCAAUUGAAAUAGACUAACAAGCAGCAAAACUCAAAGGAGAAAAGAUUUAGACUUUAUAAUUCUAGAUCUGAAAAUCUAAAUCUGAAACCGUUGGAAGAAAAGGAUUUAGACAUGAUGGAAAGGAAGAUAAAACAUAACUAA